UGUCGUUUCAAAGGUUGUGAGAAGAGAGUGCAAUGUAGGAUGGUCAACAUUGGGAGAAAAAACCUGGCGUUGUAAACAUCGCAGAUAUAGCUAGUAGCUGUUAGUUGGCGCGAUAUUAAUUCAGGGUUUGACUUAGUGGAUGUACAUAGAACAGGACGAUUAUGGCUUCUACAACUAGUAAUAUACGUAGGACGUUUGUGUUGUGUGUUGUUUUAUCGUGCGUGUUUCUUGGUACGGAUAGCCAGUCUCAAAAUGGAACGCAACCAGUAACCGGUGACUCGGGAAAUGGGAAUGACCAAACGUCUAUAGAAAAAGGAAUGGAGGUUUUGUACGACAUGACAAAUGCAUUUCUUGAAAUUGUGCAGACAGAUAAAAUUACGGAGCUGCCAUGGCUAAAUUUCAGCAUAAUAUUUACGAAACCGGAGAUUGUUACAGAUUCACUCAGUGAAUGGAAAAAUUGGUUGAAUUAUGGCCGAGGCUAUGCGGCCUGCAUUGUGGCUGGACUUCUGUUCUUCAUCAUCAUGCCCAUUUUUGGUCUCUUCUUCUGCUGCUGUCGAUGUUGUGGAAAAUGCGGUGGAGGGAAAAAGACAAUGGACCCAAAACACGCCAAGUGCAAGCGGAUAUCGUUCUGUGCAGUCUUGCUCAUCUUCAACACAAUUAUGCUAGCUGGUGUAGUAUGCUGCUUUGUUUCCAAUGAUCUGAUACACAGCCGACUGCUCAACAAGGAUAACAAUGGACCGGUUGGCAAAGUGACUUCGGCAUUUAGUACAUUGAACAACUAUGUUGAUGACACAAUACAAGAUGUUGCUAACAAGACGUUAGAGACAUUUGAUAAAACUCGGACAGAGCUUGUGAGAAGAAUAAAUGAAUCAGCUGUUACUGCAGUGGAUCAAGUUGCAGAGUCACUUAAUGCUACAUCUUUGCUUAACCAGGCCAAAGACCUUGCUAAAGAUGCUAAUUCUACCAAAGAUGAACUGGGAAAUGUAGACACAAUUCUGAAGAAACUGAUUGAGAUGGGACAGAACCUAACGACAGAACUAAAUGAGAUAAAGUCUUCAGUUGAAUUAAUCUGCAAAAACAUCAAUUGUACCAUUAAUACCACUCAAUAUAACACUGAUGCAGAUUUUACACAGCUGAAUAAUCUUAGCUCAGUUGCUGGUAAUGUCAGUCAGACACUGAAUAUGGGGAAGUUUGUAGAAGAGGCUGAAGGUAAAAUUAAAGAAGUGAAGAAAAACUCGACUGAUAGAAUAAAUUCCGAGAUUGAGAGCGCUUCUUCUUCACUGGAUAGUGUGAGACAGAAGAUCAAGAACCAGACGGAUAAUUUCAGGGACCAAGUCAAAUCAUUUACCUCAUUUUUCAAAACUGCCGAAGAUAAAGUAAAUACUAGCACCUCUGAUGUGAAAAAAUAUGCCGACUAUGUAUACUAUGGUGGGAUUGGUGUGUGCUGCAUCUACCUGCUGAUUGUAGUUUUAUACUACAUGGGUGUGCUCUUUGGGAUGUGUGGUGAGAGACCUGGGCACGAUGCCCCAUGCUGCAACAAGGGAAUGGGAAGCAACUUUCUUAUGGCUGGCGUUGGCUUCAGCUUCUUGUUCUCGUGGCUGUUGAUUCUGCUGAUCAUCAUCCUGUUCAUCAUCGGUGGACCCUUCUACACGGAGGUGUGCCGCUACUUCGUCGACCAUGACCCCAACACACUGAAGCCAUUCAAUAAUGCUAUGAAGAAUGUUAUUGAUCUGUCAAAGAAACUUUACAAGAACGCUGAUGUUGACAUCGAUAUCGUGGAUGUCCUGAAUAAUUGCAGGGCCAACAAGCCGAUAUACUCCACCCUAAAGCUUGACAACCUCUUCAACGUCUCAGCAGUAAUUGACACUACGGAUGUGCUUGGUAUAUUUGAUGAAAUUGCUAAUAAAACCAUUACCUUUGGAAAUAUUUCAUUGCUGUCACCUGGACUUAAGAAGGAUAUUCAGGACUUUGCCAAUUCAGGCUUGGAUGGUAUAGAUUUCGAUACUUAUGAAACACAGCUGGGAGAGAUGAAAAAGAAAUUGGUGAAGGCAAAUUUAACAGAUCUGGCUGAAGCUCUUUUUCUACAAAGCAGCAACGUAAACCAGUCCGGCAAUGCUGCUCUAGCCCAGAAUCUAACAGACAAUGGAAAACGUUUGAAGGCGCUGGAGAGUCAGUAUGUUAUACCAAUGGAAGAUGAAGUGAAACAUCUUAAUGACUCAUUGAAUUCCUUGAAGAAACAUUUGGACAUCCAGGACAAAACAAAGGCUUUGCUGGAUGGUUUGCAAGAGGCUGAGAACAAAUUUAAUGCAGAGGGCACUACAAAGGUUACAGAGAAACUGAAAAAUGUGGCUGAAGAACUCAAGAAUUUAACUCAAAAGAGGAUCAAUUCAAUAAUCGAUUUGAUUGAGAAAGCUGGCAAGUGCAAGCCGGUCUACGAGUCGGUGUAUAUGAUGACGGAUGCUGUCUGUGUUUCUGUUCUCAACCCUUUGAAUGGAUUCUGGUUCAGCAUGGGUUGGUGUAUCUUCUUUUUCAUUCCAAGCAUAAUAUUCGCUGUGUUACUGGCCGGUUUGUACCGAAGGGAGGACGAGUAUGAGGAAUCUAAAGACUUCGAUGACCCGAACUACCCUACGUAUGGUGGGCCCCACCCUGACACCAUUCCACUAACCAGUGUCAAUCAGCAUCUUGGCCCUGAACCGGGAUAUUCCAAUUCUGGCUAUCACCGUGACGACUACCGCCAGCCGAGGAACAACAGUUCACACAAUAAUGGCUAUCCAGCAUAUGGGGGCGGCAAUCCCAGACCUGACUACCCAGGUAGUAAAGAGCCCUUGCCCCCUGCAUACGGUGGCGGCCCACAAGUAUAUCCUUCUGACCAUGGUUUUCAUGGCAAGCCGCCAAAGUAUUCUUACUAACACUCCUACACUAGAAACUGGGGACAAUUACAGACAACAACACUGGUAGUGCUAGAUAUGACAAACCAUACAGCCAACUACCCGAUCAGCCGAGGAAAUCACGCAAAUACUACUAGUUUACCAAUAUUCAGAAUCCAUCUUACUGCAGACGACGCAUUCUAUGGCAUAAAAUAUCUACUCACGAUUAUGGUUUUUGGAGGAUUACAGAUGACAGCCAUAAUCUUCAUUUGUCGGAAAGAAAUCCAGGAAUCCUGUAAUAAAUCCAUUAUCAGAUUUUUUUUGUCAUGUAUACAACACAGGUUUUUAUAGACUCUGUUACUUAUAUAUAUGUUAUUGUAAUUAAAAAAAAAAAGGAAAAUCAUUUUCAUUCAGUUUAUUUUAUUUGGUUUUAUGUAUCAACUAAAACAUAAGCAGCCUCCAUGCAGCCAAAGCAAGGGACACUAUAAUGUUUGUGAACAAUUGGCUUGGUUUCGCAAUGUGGUCUUUCGGUUUAUAUAGUAAAGUGCAUAAACCAGUCACGUGUAUGUUUCCUACUCUAAUUGGCUGAUAUAGCAGAAACAUUUUAAUUGUUCAAGCCAUAAAGUAUUUUUUGACAGAGCAUAUAUAUUUUGUAACAGAGCCUUAAUAUUUUUUUAACAGAGCGUAAAAAAUUUUUUGAGUCCGUUUAAAUGCAUUUAUCACUUGAAUAACUGUUAAUUAAGAGAACUUUAAAACACAUUUGGCAACCCGAAACUGAUGACCCAGAUUUCAUUGACAGCACUUAUUGUAGCACAAUUAAUCUAGCGAAAUCCUGAAAGGGAACUUGAUGUUUCCAUAAGUCUGUGAUUCUAGUGCCUUCAAUUAGUGAUUAUCCGCCCUUUAACAUCUCAGCUGUCUGAUGGAUAUACAUGAGACGUGUUCAGGAGGGAGAGCAAUUGCGGUCAGUCACUAGACCAGUUUUUGCAGCAUAAGUUCAAUACAUGAAUGUGUACCAGUUAAAUAGUUUGUUAGUGCUUGGCCUCCUGAACACACCUCUGUAUUUCUUUUUUAUUAUUCACGAUUCAUCUUGAUAUCACUGUCAUCAAACUUUUGUGUCCUAUAUUAUUAAUGCUGUACUAUGUUUUAAGAACAUGAAAUGGAUACAGAGGCUGGCAUUUCUAUACAAACCAUGUUCGCUUUUCAUUUAUCACAUUAUAUUAUGUAAAAUGUUUGAAGUUUGGUUUGUUCAUAGUGACAGACACUAGUUUUUAAACACUCCUGCACAUUUGUCUCUAUUAGAUCCAUUUUUUGAAAAUUGAAAACCGAUAUGACAUCCAUUUUAUUGUUUAGAUUAUCCAUUUCUGUACAUCCAAAGUUGGUCUGGCCAUUUUGGAGUUUGUAAUACUGUGACAUGAAUUUGUCAUAAUUCUAAAAUUAUAUGUACAUGUACCUCUGAGAGUAGUAACUGUUGGAGGUAAGAUCCAGUCUAUUUUUAAAGGGUAUUUCACUAUUUCAGACUCUUGUUUCACUUUAUUGUAAUUUAUACAGAUGUGUUUUAGGUUUGUAUAUUAACCAAACUUACUGUCCAUUUUCAUUGGCUGAAACUACGGUCGGAGACUUUAAAGUUUGGGUUGUUCUUAAAUUAUUAUUUAAAAAAAAAAAAUUGUUAAUACUCAUGAAAUAGUACAGGUUAGCCAUUUAUGAAGUUUUACUAAGGUAAAAGAAAUUUAGUUGAUCUAAACAUUGUAAAUAUAAUAAUUAAUGGUGCAAAAUUUAUUUAAUUAAUAUUUUUUACAUUAUCUUGUUGUUCUCAUUAGACUUAGAAGUGUGUAAAACAUAAUCAAGCAGGGGUUUUAAACUUGUAAAACAAAUUAAGCAAGAUAUGUUAUGUGUGUUAGUCCAGCUUUGGUUUUUGUCUUUAAUUUAAAUUAUUGCAUGUGUUCGAAAUAUUUUCCUCUUCUUUUUUUUAGUGUUAGUUAGGAAUACUUUCAAGCAGACAUUUCAUAACCUUUGUGAACCAGGAGCCUAAUUCACUAAACUCUCACAACGCAAUAUGCUAAAAGACUUGCAAAGAAGAUGCUUCGUUGUCUAAUAGAGCCUAAGAGACCUUUGUGAAUUAGGCCCCAGUUUCUUUUUGCUGUACUUAAGUCAUCUUUCUACAUGUAUACUCAGCAAUAAAAGAAAUACAAGUAUUUUAAUAUCUGAUAUUUUUUUUCAUGAUAAAAUCAAAUUUGGUAAAUAGACAUUGGUGAUAUAUUUUAAAUUUGUAAUAGACACAUAAAAAUUAAUGGAAUUAAAAAUGAAUAAUUUUAAAUACAUUAAAGAAAAAAAUGUGUUUCUUUUGUUGUUCCGUGUACAUGUGCAUGUAUUUUCAUAUAACUUGCAAUAGGGAAAUGUAGACAUGCAUGUUAGUGAACUAGUAUGAAUUAUUAACAGAUUUUAUACAUUUGCCCGUGAUUUUAUUUUUGGAAGUAUAUAUUGAUACUAAUAGAAAAAUACACGGUCAAUAUUUUGGAGGAAUCAUAAUUUUAUAGAUUUAAUUUGGUACAUAUAAUAAAAAUUGUGUUUUGAUGCAAAGCAUCUUUUGGCCAUUUCCAAUACCUUUAAUUUGUUUUCUUUGGAAUAAUUGUUAAACCUAUUGAAAAAAUUUACAAAAAAAAAAUCCUUAAAUGAAUAUUUUUCUAUGAUUGAUGUUGACAGCAACUGUCCAAUGAUGAAAAUGCUCAAGAUAAUAUAUUAGGUUUUAAGCUUUGGUUGCCCCCACCCACCCUAAAACAAGUUCUGCUUCUGCCCCUGAAAGGACUGAAUAAGUACACCACCAGAACUAUAUAAAAAAUAUUUUUAAAAGUCCACACCUCAGUCAAAAUGACUUUUCUUUGGUUUUGCAUUGUCUGUUGUUUAUAUUAUUUGAAUGGAAUUAUUUUUUAGCACAUAUAUAUUGUGGUGAUUUAUGUAUGGUGAUUUAUUUAUCACACUUUGUUCAUAUUACUUGGCAUAUAAUUUUCUUACUUUCAUUUGUAUAAUUUCAUGUUUUAUUUCAGUUUGUUUUUACAUGUAAAUAAUUAAUUAACAUGUGUAACGAAGUGGUGUUUUGUGUUCAUGUGGUGUUGUUCAUGAGUAUUGUGAUGUUUUUGUGUUUGCAUAAUUUUAAAUGUAUUUUUGAUUCAUGCAUGUUGGAGAGAUAAAACUUAUAAUAAUUAUAGGACUAUUUUUAUGUAAUGAGCCUCAUUACGAAAAUAAUCCAUAAUUAUACAAGUCAUUUAAUACUGUAAAUAUAUAUAUAUAAUUAUAUAUGUUUUGUACUAGAGUCUAAUGGUGUAUCAUUGUUCGUACAAUAAUUGAAUGUAUUAUUGAAUUAGCAUUCUUCAUAGGGAAUUAUAUUAUUGGGUAUACAGUACAUAUAUGUAUGUCUUUAAUAUGUUAGGGAAAUAUUUUUAUUAUAUAAUUUUGGCCUUGUUUGACCAAGAAAUGUUCUUAAACACUACAGAUCAUUAUAUUAAAUCCUUUUCUUAAAUUGUAAACUACUACAAAUCACUCGAAAAUUUAAGAAAUAAAUGGAAAAUGUAUUAUAUAAAAUACAAUGAAAGAGUUUACCUGUUUCCCCCCAUAUUGAUGCUUAGACGUAAUACUAGAAUAAAAUGUCUGAAUUGGGGGAAUUCUUCCUGAAUUCUGUUGGCCGAGUAGAAGGUAAAUUCCUACUACCUAUUGAAAUCAUUUACUUGUUCUGGCUGACAUCUCCUUGGCACAUAUGUUCCGACUUCAUCAGGCCUGUAGGAGUGGAGGUGAGGUUGUGGUGUUGGGAUGGGAAGCUGUGUCCCCUCCAACUCAAAAAUGUUUGUUUUGUGUGUGUCUAACUAUAUAAAUAAAAGUAAAAAUAUGGCUUGUGCCACCAUUACAGAGGUUGUGCCCCCACUCACACACUCCAGAUAUCGUUCCUAUGGGUCUGCCGUAUUGUAGGAGAAAUACACCAGUACACUGCCAGUAGAAGCACAGAAAUCACUUCACAUACCUGAUACAUAUUAUAUUCUUGUGAAGAAAUGUAAAUAACACAUUUCCAUGGUCAUAAUUACAAACAUUCCAGUUGAAUGGGACAUUAUGAUCUGUGAUAAAAUAAUGUUUUCUUACAUUCAGUUUAAAGAGUAAUGAUUUGAUUGGUGAACAACAUCAAUAUUUUAAUAUUAAAAUGUGAUAUUGAGGGUUUUAAUUUUAGGGUACCAGCUAGUCCUUCCAGCCAAUGAAAUGUCCUGGUUGUUGUUUUUACUUUCAGACUAAAGAGUAAUGAUUUGAUUGGUGAACAGCAUUCAGUAUUUUAAUAUUAAUAUGGAGUGUUUAGCUUUAGGGUACCAGCAUUUUAAUUUUUUCUUAACAAAUGAAAUGUCCUGGUUUAUUUAUUUUAAAAAUAAUAAGACAUUUAACGUGUAUGAUUGAGCCUGAGGCUAGAUAUAAAAAGGCAGCUAAUUGGAUAAUCAAAAUAUGUCCAUAUAUAUAUGUGCAGAUUUCAAGUUAUACAUGUAUAUUAUGCCAUGAGGACUGGGCUGAAUAUUACGGUAUCCGGUAGAACUACAGAUGAUGGUUUAAGAUGGAAUUUAACUGACUGCCGACUGUGAUCAUACUUGAAAUUUGUUUCUUAAAUAUUUAUGCAUGCAGUGAUGGAAAAUUUACUCCUCUUCAAGUGUGUAUGUAAAAUAUAUAUAUAUAUUUUUUCCCACUAAAAUGAUUUAGGCACUUACAUCAAUAUUUAUUUACGCUUUACAAAUCCAAGAAUGUUUAAUUUUGUUUUUUCAUUUCCAACAUUUUGUGCCCAUUGUCCCCUCUCCCCCCCCCCCCCCCCCUCCCUCUAUUCCAGCAACAUGUAAACAAUGAUUCUACAUCUGAUUCAGUGUUUAGUGAAAGGUAUAUCUAUUUUUAAAUAAUAUAAUAACCGGAGCUGGUCAAAAUGUACCUAAACCAGGUUCUGAUGACCUCAGGCUUUUGAAAAAACCAGUUUGGCCAGUCAAAUACUAUCUGUAAUAUGUGUCCACUAGAUCUUGCCUUAGAAUGUCUUUCAAAACCUUCAAAACACCAUGCCCUUCAACCUGUCACCAUAGACAAGUUCAUUCAGUUGGGUCUUAGACUCUCUGUUGAUCUUUGCUGGAUUACAGCUCAUUCCAUUGAUGGUAAUAUACAAUUAAUAACACAUCAAAGAGACUUAUGAACUUUACAUGUGGGUUUUUUGGUGGGGGUUUUAUUUUUAUUUUAAAUGUUUUAAUCUAAGUAUACAUUCAUGUAGAGUAAAAUAUUUGAAAUGAAAUAUUCUGUCAGAUUUUUCAAUGUACACGUAAAUUGUUAUUAUAAUAAUGUAAUCAAAUAUUCAGCAAGAACCUACAUGUAUAUUGUAGUGGUUUCCUAGCUUGUUUUAGCAUGGUGCGGCACCAUGCAUGCCUCAGUAGUCUAGCACCAUCUUGCCU